AAACAAAGAUUUAGAAUGUCAAAAUAAAAAAGUUGGCACCACUAAGACUUAUGAAAAUGAAGUCAAACGUGGUGCAACUAUAAUGCAAAAAGUCAUUAAAGCAAGGAGCAAUGGCACCAAGUUUGAGGUUGUCUGGAAUGAGAAUGGUCAGCCAAUUAACCCCAACAGCUCAAUGUUUGUAAGUUACAUCGGGGCUGUUGUUCGACAAAAUAUCCCAAUUACGAUUGAUGAUUGGAGAGAUAAGGCGUUGAAGGAUGCCAAAAAUAUACUAUGGAAUGACAUUCAAACUACUUUUGUUCUUGAUGAGGGGAGAAAGAGUUAUGUAUUGAGAGUUGCUAGGAAAAUCCACCGGGGAUUUAGAUCUCACCUCUCUAAUUUCUAUCUAAAAGAUAGAGAAGAAAAUACAAAUGCUGAAGCUCCAAAAAUAUAUAAACAUUAUAUAUCAAAUGAUGAAUGGAGUGCAUUUGUAUCCAAACGUUCGGACCUCGCAUUUGUCAAUAUUAGUAAGACAAAUCGCGAAAGGGCAAGAAAUCCAACCCACCCAUACAAAAAAUCACGUAUGGGAUAUGCAUGUCUUGAUCAAAAACUUGAAACGACAAGACACCCAAUCAGAUCAACCGUUGGGUCGUCAUAUAUUGUGGAAGGAAGCGCGUGUAAAUAAAGACGGAGUGGUUGACAAUGAAAAUGUCCAAAAAGAGACUAUCGAACAAAGUUCUGAAAAUCAAGAGGGCAAC